UCGGAGCGUGCGCAGAAGGCGUCGGAGGCGCAUGCUCCCUAGCGGUCCCGGCGCCCAACUCUGGCGCCGGCUCUGGCCUCCUCUGCCCGCACCCUCUGGGCCCGGCUGCAGGCAUGGCGGCCAGUCUGUGGAUGGGCGACCUGGAGCCCUACAUGGAUGAGAAUUUCAUCUCGAGAGCCUUUGCCACCAUGGGGGAGACCGUGAUGAGCGUCAAAAUUAUCCGAAACCGCCUCACUGGAAUCCCAGCUGGCUACUGUUUUGUAGAAUUUGCAGAUUUGGCCACAGCCGAGAAGUGUUUGCAUAAAAUUAAUGGGAAACCCCUGCCAGGAGCCACACCUGCAAAACGUUUUAAACUGAACUACGCCACUUAUGGGAAACAACCGGAUAACAGCCCUGAGUACUCCCUCUUUGUGGGGGACCUGACCCCAGAUGUGGAUGAUGGCAUGCUGUAUGAAUUCUUCGUCAAAGUCUACCCCUCCUGUCGGGGAGGCAAGGUGGUUUUGGACCAGACGGGCGUGUCGAAGGGCUAUGGUUUUGUGAAAUUCACCGAUGAACUGGAACAGAAGCGAGCUCUGACUGAGUGCCAGGGAGCAGUUGGCCUGGGAUCAAAACCUGUGCGGCUGAGUGUGGCAAUCCCCAAAGCGAGCCGUGUGAAGCCAGUGGAGUACAGUCAGAUGUACAGUUACAGCUACAACCAGUAUUACCAACAGUACCAGAACUACUACGCCCAGUGGGGCUAUGACCAGAACACAGGCAGCUACAGCUACAGCUACCCCCAGUACGGCUACACGCAGAGCACCAUGCAGACGUAUGAAGAAGUCGGGGAUGAUGCCUUGGAAGACCCCAUGCCACAGUUGGAUGUGAUGGAGGCCAACAAGGAGUUCAUGGAGCAGAGUGAGGAGUUGUACGACGCCUUGAUGGACUGUCACUGGCAGCCCCUGGACACAGUAUCCUCAGAGAUCCCCGCCAUGAUCUAGUCGGGACAGAGGAGCCGCGGACACAGACUGUGGUGGAGAGAGACUCCUUUUUUAACAAAAGUGUUGGAAGAACUUUUACCUUUUUGGAAACGUUUUGUAAAGAUUUUAGUAAUCAACUCUUGAGAUUAUGACCAUUCCUACACCACCACUGCCUUCCUUUGCCCAUCAGCCUUUGUAGUUUGAAAACCACAGGGCCAUUGAGCAAGAUUUUAAAUGUCUUUGAAGUGUGUCUUCCAGAUAGGGAUGUUACCCACUCUUGGGAGAGGAGAGUUUGGGGUUAUUAAAGUGGAUCAUAGGACUUACUCAACACAACCCAGAGGGCUAUCUCAGGUGACCCUGCAUCCUUAAAGGUUCUCUGGGGUCAGAGUGCAUGGGUCACAUGCUACAUGCCAAGCAGGGGCAAUGUUGACUCUCCAUUUCUUUCUUUUUUUUUUUAUCUGAGAGAGAAAUCACAAGUAGGCAGAGAGGCAGGCAGAGAGAGAGGAGGAAGCAGGCUCCCCGCUGAGCAGAGAGCCCGACGCGGGGCUCGAUCCCAGGACCCUGAGAUCAUGACCUGAGCCGAAGGCAGCAGCUUAACCCACUGAGCCACCCAGGCGCCCCUUGACUCUCCAUUUCAAGCAUCCCUUCACCCAUCAAGUUUGGUGGCUGUGUGUGGUAGGAUGUGAUGGAACCGGCUAUACCAAGACCAAAAGGCUCUGAGGACAAGCGGAGCUUCAAUAAGCCCUUGUUUGAGGACAUUACUGUGGUAUCUGUGUACCUGGCCCACCUGUUUGUCCUUAAUUUCCUUCUGUUAAGUAUGAACACACAUGUAUCUCUAGUACCUAUGUGGGAAGUCUGGAUUUAUCCUAAAAAUCUGCAACUGAGCUCUACUUUUGUGCUGAAGGAAAUGGGGGGGGGGGGGGGCACACACGAUGGGGGUAAUGAGGUAAAUGUCUUAGGUCACAAGAAACCAGAUAUUUAAAGGAACACUCAUUAGGCUCAGCCUGAAUUUUCAGGCUUUUUGGAGGAAAAAUUAUGUAUAGUGGCAGCUCUAGAAUAGGUCAUAUUAUCUGGAGAGAUUAAAAAAAAACCUAUUUUACCUGCCAUUUCCUCUCUGCCUCCUGCCCGCCCGUCCUGUGUCCCCCAUCUGCCCCCCCCCCCCCCCCCCCGCGCCUGCCCAGCCUGGGCCCUGCAGUGUGGAGAGACACAUAAGCCUUACUGUCCUCUGGGGGCAGGAGCCGAGCCUUUUUGUUGCUCCACUCCCAGGAGAGUGAGGGUGACGCAAUUGAUUAAAACCAUUUUGUUCUAAAAAAAAAAAAA